GUGGCUUUGGCUUGAUUUUGUUUAGGGUUUCUACACCACUAUUGUGAAUAACUCGUUUACUUGUGUUGGAAGUCAGAAAUUGAGGGAAACUUUAAUGGGUGAAAUAAGUUUUAAUACUUGGAAAUCAUUGAUUAAGAGCGAGAAUUUGAUGGAAAUUGGAAACUAUGGCUUGUAUGGUAAAGAAGAGCUUGAGCAACAGGUGAUAAACUUUGGAAAUAAGCUUCAAGAGCCACCUUCUUCGGUUGUUGAACUCCUUCUUCUUCUUAACGGUCUUGAGUAUUGUUUAUCAAAGAUGGGACAGAACCCAACUCGAUCAAUGCAAAAGGCACUAACUUUGCCAAAGAAUGCAUUGGUCACGGAUAAAUUUUGUAAGCAUUUCAAUCUUGAUGUGCAAGUUUCUGUUGCUUCAUGUAUGAUUGAGAUAAUGAGAAUAACUGCGCCUGAUGCUCCUUAUGGUGAUCAGCAAAUGAAAGAUGCCUUCCAGUUGAUUGUAUCAUCGUUUGAAAAUUUGACUGUUAAGUCCACCCGGUCAUAUGCUAAGACUGUUUCUAUUCUUGAGACUCUUGCCAAGAUCAGAUUGUGUGCUCUUAUGGUGGAUCUUGAAUGUGAUGGUGUCAUUAUUGAGAUGUUCAAAUAUUUUGUCAAGGCAUUGAAGACUAAUCACUCAAAGAAGGUUUUUUCACACAUGGAGACGAUAAUGGUUUUUGUCGUGGAAGAAAGUGAUGAUAUUUCUCUCGAGUUACUAUCUCCAAUCUUUGAGUGUGUAAGGAAAGACAAUGUGGAAGUUCUGCCUAUUGCUCGAAAGUUGGGAGGGAGAGUGCUUGCAGCUUGUUCUGCAAAGCUUAAACCAUAUCUAUUACAAGCCUUAAAACUAAAAUCUAUCGGUAUUUCUUUAGAUGGGCCUUUGUCUUCGGCUCAGUUUUCAAAUUCAAUCUCUGAUGGAUCCCGCCUACGGGUUGCAUACCAGGGAGUUAGUGGAGCUUACAGUGAGUCUGCAGCAGAGAAAGCAUACCCGAACUGUGAAGCCGUCCCAUGCGAGCAAUUUGACACUGCUUUUGAAGCUGUUGAACGGUGGCUUGUGGACAGAGCUGUUUUACCAAUUGAGAAUUCUUUAGGUGGGAGCAUCCACAGAAAUUAUGAUCUUUUACUCAGACACAGGUUGCACAUAGUAGGGGAGGUUAAAUUUACUGUUCGUCAUUGCUUACUAGCCAAUCAGGGUGUUAAACUUGAGGACUUAAAAAGGGUUCUAAGCCAUCCACAGGCUCUUGCUCAAUGUGAGAACACGUUAACAAAAUGGGGGUUAGUCAGGGAAGCCGUGGAUGAUACUGCUGGUGCAGCAAAGCAUGUUGCACUCCACAAACUACAAGAUGCAGGAGCAGUAGCCAGCUCUGCUGCAGGGAUGAUCUAUGGUUUGAACAUACUUGCACAGGAUAUUCAGGAUGACUGCGAUAAUGUUACUCGAUUCCUGAUGCUGGCAAGGGAGCCCAUCAUUCCUGGGACGGAUAGGCCAUUCAAGACAAGUAUAGUUUUCUCAUUAGAGGAGGGUCCUGGAGUUCUUUUCAAGGCACUUGCUGUUUUUGCUUUGAGGCAAAUCAACCUUACCAAGAUUGAAAGUCGUCCUCUGAGGAAUCAGCCCCUGCGAUCAGCAGAUGACAACAAUAAUGGGUCUACAAAAUACUUUGACUAUCUUUUCUAUGUGGAUUUUGAAGCAUCAAUGGCUAAUCAGAAUGCACAAAAUGCUCUGAGGCAUUUGAAGGAGUUUGCUACAUUCUUGAGAGUGCUGGGAAGUUAUCCAGUGGAUACUACCAUGAUAUGAAUAUGCCUGUGAAUGUGGCCUCUCGUUCACAUUGACGAUAAUUGCAAUUGGAUCACUUGCCCCAUUCUUGUUCUUCAGAUGUUACAGUUUCUUGCAUAUUUUUUCACAAAGUUAUAUGAGGCGAUUCACACAUGCUAGUACACAAACUCAGCUAUGUCACAUAGAAGCAAUUUUGUAGCCUCUUUAGUAGCAUUUUUCAUAUGGUUACCAGAAUUAGUAGAGGUUUCCAACAAAAGAAAUUCCUCGUUUUCAAUUACCAAUUUUAUCAGUUAUCUUACAUGAAUGAAGAAAAUGUUCACUGAAAGUGCUGUAUAUACCCUUGACAACCAAAUUAUUUCUUAUCGUCAAAUCAGAUAACAGGUACAUUGGUU